AUGGGUUCCCUUCCAAGAUAUCCUUUCCCAGUUUUGAAAACUUACUGGCCAUACGCUAUUGGUGCUGGUAUUACUUACUACUUAGUUUAUAAGGGAUCAAUUGCUUCUGCCAACUCAGAUGAAUUCAUCAAUGACCCAAGAAACCCAAGAUUUGCUAAAGGUGGUAAAUACAUUGAUUUAGAUAAAAGAGAUUAA